AUGCUUACUUUGUGGAAUUCCAUUCCCAGCUCAGUUGCCACGAUCUUUGAGACCUGGUAUGGUAAAGAUUUCCCAUAUCCUGUUGGUAAAACGCCAACACAGUCAUCACCCCUCAUAAUUGCAUCCACCCGACCGCAACACACAAAUCGACGACAGUCCACUCCACCACCACACACAAAACAACGACAGUACACCCCAUCACCACCCACAGAACAACGACAGUCCACCCCACCACCACACACAAAACGACAAUCCACCCCACCACCACACACAAAACGACAGUCCACCCCACCACCACCCACAGAACGACAGUCCACCACACACAAAACAACGACAGUCCACCCCACCACCACCCACAGAACGACAGUCCACCCCACCACCACCCACAGAGCAACGACAGUCCACCCCACCGCCACACACAAAACGAUAGUCCACCCCACCACCACCCACAGAACAACGAUAGUCCACCCCACCACCACCCACAGAACAACGAUAUUCCACCCCACCCCAUACACAUACAAAACGAAGACAGUCCAUCCAUCAUUAUGCAAAAACAGCAACAACCCUCCUCACCUAGACACACUACAGCCCUCUUCUCCACCACACACAAAACGGGAAGAACCCACCCCACCACCACCACACAACGACGACAGCCUACUCCACCUCCACACACAACGACAGCCUACUCCAACUCCACGCACAGCGACGACAGCUUACCCCACCUCCACACACAAUGACGACAGCUUACCCCACCUCCACACACAACGACGACAGCCUACUCCACCUCCACCCACAACGACGACAGCCUACUCCACCUCCACCCAUAACGACGACAGCCUACCCCAUCUCCACGCACAGCGACGACAGCUUACCCCACCUCCACACACAAUGACGACAGCUUACCCCACCUCCACACACAACGACGACAGUCUACUCCACCUCCACCCAUAA